AUGCUGAAUACAAUGGCCAAUAAAUGGCGAGGCGGACGUAGGUGCUUUAAAAGGACUGUAGUGAACACAAGUGAAACUGAGGCGAUAACUUGACGGAGUAGAAGAGAACAGUAACCUGUCCGUGAACUUCACAGAUAGCUCAGGCUUUGUGAAAGGGUUUUGCUUUUGUUUGGAUGUAAUCUUAGUGCACCGGUUUCUCGUAAGUGGCUUAAAAGAAUCCGUGCUAUUUUCUGAUUCCGGGUAGUUUUGUCCUUCAUUUACGGCGAAACGCUGCUGUUGGAUUUAAAGCCGACAACAAACAACGUUAGAUAUGUAUUUUCUUGGCAUAUUCCUGCUAAUGCUGUGCGAUUCAUCACGGGGGUUUCCUGUGCCAAUAGGUAAGAAGUCCAUCUUUGCAUUGCACCUUUUCUUCCAUACGCUCACUUCUGCUUCUGCAAACACGGACUGAUAAGCUCCGUCUUUCAUGGAGGCGAGCUCCUCCGGGGCAAGUUGGCUGUGGACUUAAACAUAUAUACCCCAGUCAUUCAUUUGGGUUUUCUCCAUGUUUUGAAUUUGACCUUUACGCCUCUUCUUUUCACAAGACCGUAUGUUUCUAUUCUGUACGCAAACAGUGCUGCACAGUACAAGUGCAAAACCCUGCAUUCAUCCUGUGUUUUUUCAGGUUUGUUUACACUUCACCGAGGCGUUGGUUCCUCUGGCUAUUGUUAGCGUUUCAGUUAACAUUAAGCAGAAAAAUAACCCAACAUUUUUAGCCCCUUUUAACGUACAAAAUGGCAUAGAUAUUUGGUUAAUUUAAUGUAAUUUAAUUUUAUAUUUGUGGAGAUAAAAUCGUAGAGGUUUAUUAACAUGUAAACAAAACUUUAAAGCUCCUCAGAUGAAUUUUUUGGCAGUUAAGAAAUUGACUGAAAUUCAUUUUGGGGAAUUUACAUGACAUUUAAAAUUCAAUACAGUCAUUGGUGACAAGAAUGUUGGCUUCGAUAUUGUAAUUUUUAUAACUGAAAUCAGUGUGAGGGGGUAGGUAUCAGCCAAGACACUGAAGAAACAGCCCUGUUUUACAUCUUUUAAAACGAAAUAUUCUCAAUAAAUGAUACAGUUUUCAGUCAAAAGUCCUCCAGGUGAGAUUUUUGUCGAAAGUCUUUGUCUCCAGGGAGUGCCAAUAUUGAUAUAAUCUAAAAGUUCCUCACAGGAGCUUUACAAUGAAUCAAAAAAUUUUUGUGAUGCAUUUUUUCUGAAGCCAUUAUUCCCAAUAUACUUAGUGCAGGAAGUCAACUCUUUAUUCUCCUGAGAAUGCAAUAACUAGCUACAUCAACAAUUCUCAGUAACGAUAAAAUCUAUCAAAUACUGAAACUGAUUGGACCUACCAAACACUUGGAAUGAUUGGACUAACUACAAUUUCAACCAACACAAAAACAUGAAAUUAUUCUGAAAAACAAAGAACUGUACACACAUAUAGGAACCAGUCAGGACUGUCCAUUUGGGCUGGUUUUGCUGUAAUGAUUUACAACAUUUAGCGAUCCCCAGGAGGGAGGGAAUUUAGUAUUAUCAGUCUCUGUUAUGAGGAGUACUGUAACAUUUUUGGGAGCGUAGUCAGUCUUAUUGACAGAACGUUGCAAAGAGAGGUAGAGUUUUGGUUUUGUUUUGUUUUUACUGCCCCCCUUUUAUUGUUCAUGCAUGUGUUUUGCUCUCUCCCUUUAGAUUCCACCAUACUGCAGGUGCAGCAGUGGGGUGUGGUGGGUUAUCAGCAGGUUGUGGAGCAGGUCCUCCUCAAUGGAGUUCCUUUGGCUGGCAACAAUCAGGAGAUGGACAGAAUAAUCAAAACCAUGUCAGCGAGCCCGAUCCUUCCAGCUCUUAUCAGUGUCAACCACACAUCAGUUCUGAGUAAGAAAGUUAUCAUGUUCUAGUUUUUGAUCAAGUAAUGGUGAAAACAGACAAUCUUAUGUCAUCAGAAAGUACAAAGUGAGAUGAAAUCUGAUGAUAUGUCCCAUUUUAUCUUGCAAGGAAACCUUACUCUGCUGCGUUCUCGUGAAUGUGUGCUGGAGGGGUCUCAAAUGCACUGGGUCGAUCAUAUGUUCUGUGAUGGGGAGCUGUGUCUGACUCUGGACCACACUGACACAUGGAAAGCUGAAAUACCUCAAGCACUGGCUCUAAAAUUGUUGUGGGACCAGGAAAUGCAGCGUACAAGAAUGGAAAGGAUUCGCCUUCAGGAGGGGUGUGCCAAGCUAAUGAAAGAACUGAGGCUUUCCCAGGAGCAGCCAGGUAUUUACUCUUACCUUUUUGUGGAAAUCUUUAGGCUUUAAGAGCUUUAAAGAGUGAUUUAUUGUACAAUAUAAACAAAAUGCUAAAGAAUAUCCACAUUUGCCACUUGGUAUACUUGGUGUGAACCAUCUCUGUAAGGUGAAUGCACAGUAAUGCCCUACAUGAUAGAGAUUUAAUUUGAGCUCUUGAUGCCUUGCCUGCCUGUGACUCUCAUAAUGAUCUGAAAAGACGCCUUAGCUGAUGGCUGUGAAUUUUGGAGGCAGCUGAUGGCAUUUGGCAGUGAGUCAUAUGACAGAGAGAGUACCUUUUUAAAAACAACAAAGGAAAGAUGCAUUUUUAAGUAAAACAUCACCACCCUUACAUUUUACAGUGUCAAAGUUUCAUGGCGUUUUGUUGAUGUUUUGCUUCUCUAGCUUCAAGGAUUCCCUUGCCUCAUUUUCUGAUCCCCAUCUUGGCACUCCUGGCAUUUGGCGGACUUGCUGUAAUCAGCCUCCUUCUCUCAAAGAGCUAUGGUCAGUAAUCACUAUUUUGCUUCCCAUUUGAACAGCAUUAAAACAUGUUCAACUUUGUUAAUCUCGCUUACAUAACUGUAGAGGCCUGCACAAUGCAGCAAGAUUAUGACUACCAAGAAAAGAACAGUCUUGGGUUGUACACUUUCACAAAACAGUACAACCAAUUUAAUCUUUAAAUCUCCUCUAAUUAAACUACCAAUUAACCGUUAUAAAAUGCUGCAUUGCUUAACUUUAUUUCAAAAUAUGUCCUGUCACAUGAUGUGGGUAUGGAGCCUUAUGCUCGCUGAGAAAUGUCAAGCAAAGUCAUGUGUUUUGUCUUUCUCUCACUCUGCGUAGGUUUGAGGCACCCUGGAGGUAAGACAACACUUCCAAUGUUUUCUCUUUAGCCUGACUGUAGAACUCUUAGCUAACAGACUUAGUGAAAGAUUGGGAGAGAGUUAAUCAUAACAAGAAUUUAAAACCUUUGGAUGUGCAUGCCCUUUUAAAAUUCCAGGGUCUGCCACUGGUUUUGCCCUGUGUUAAUGUUUAUAUUCAGCAUGGCCUCAAUUGAAUUAUGACUGGCCUUGGCAGGCCAGCUGGAGAUACAGAGAUGAUCAUCCUUUCAAAACAACUCAUAAAAGUUUUAUCAUGAGGUUAAUUUUGAUUGUGUGAGUCUUAUCUGUGCUCUUUGGUAUCAUUGCAGGUGUAAUCGGCUCAGUCAUACAUUAUCCUCAGGACAUGACUGAAAUGCCUUCACAAAUCAAAUCAUCUGGUUACUACACCCUAUAAUUCAAAGCUUCACCUGACUUCCAGCUCACGUUUGAGCUCUCCGCUCCAUUUUUAGUGUUAUUAGUCUACAUAAUGAUUUUACAGCUUUUGCUCUGUGUAUGAACGUGAUGAAUGUGACCAAAGCUCUGCCACAGUGCCAACAGUCCGUUUUAUGAUAAACAUGUGGUCUGGGUGUCAGCCCUUAUUUUUUUAAUGCACUUUUGCGCACAUUUGAGAAUGUUUUUAUAACAUAUGCUUUAAAUCACUACAUAUCAGCACAUGUGUAUAGAAAUCUUAAUACAUUAAAAUAUAUUGUUUUUUGCUUUUUAUAAUUGCAGACAGGAGUUUUCACUAGUCAUUUUUUUCAGCUGUUCAAUUAAGCCAUGUCAGGGAGAGUGCAUUUUUCAAAUAUUUACAAUAUCCUCAAGCCAAGAUGGACAAGUACAUUUUCUAGACUGAAGAGAAGUCCUGCUGAAUUUUUUCAUCUUUGUUUUGUCAGUGGUUGUACAUUAACGUGUUUUUUUGUGUUACUACCUUGAAAAAAAUCUAACAUUUAAAUUUUGUCGAUGUAAUAUUUAUAGAAAAUGUAAUAAAGUUACUUUUGAUAACUCUUUGCUUUA